GCACAGAGAGCCCACCCAAGCACCAAAGUCCACCUCAUUGAAGUCGAACUUGUCACCUUCUUCUCUUUUUAGUUUCUUAAAUAAUCCAAAUCCUUCCCAAAUAAUACGAACUCUUUUGGUUUUGACGGAAAUUUUGCAUGAAACCAUCCACGUGCCUUCACUCCUAAUCUCUUUCAUUUUCUCUCAUUCUUUAAUUCCUUACAACUUAAGGAAAAAAUACAAGUCACUGCCAUUUUCAAUCCCCUUCAGUUUUUUCGAGAAAUUAAAACCCCCCCCCCCCUCCCAGCAUCCGGAAAAGAAAAAGAAAGAAAAAAUUCCAUUAUGAAUUUUAUUUUUAAAACAAAAUAAAAACCAAAAGACUAAAUUCCCACGGAGUGAGAUAGAGAGAGGGAGAUUGGAAGCAGAGAGACAAAAAGAGAAUUUGAUAGAAAGAAAAGAUUCAUCGAAAGUGCAUAAGAAAAGCCCUGAAUCAAAGGCGGCCCAGCCCUAGCACCAACACCGAUCCAGUAUCUCCGUCUCUUCUACUUUCAUAUUAACUCUCUCUCUCUCUCUCUCCCCGCUUGAAUCUGGUACUUAUUAAUCUGCCUUUUUUCUUUUUUGGUGAAUUGUUUCUUUUAGCUCUGUUUGUUGCUUUUAGAAAAGACCCUUUUAUGUAAAGGAAGGUUUAUUGCUGUUUCUUAGAGCUAGUAUGUGAAAAUUCUAGUAUAUUUUAAGGAAAGGAACAAAACCCAGAAAAAAAAAAACCCUAGCUUUAUCUCUUCUACACUUGAUUUACACUACAUUUAAGCUGAUGUCCCAUUUUAGCUGAACCCUGUAUUAACAUUAUGGCAUUUGAUCAAAACUCAAUACCAAAAGAUCUAAGACCAUUGAAUGAAGUUAGAACUGUAACUGAAGAGCCCCGCAUUACGGCUGCGGUGGCAGCUACUAGUAAUGCCAAUGGCAGAAAGAUUGAAGGAUUUUUUCCCAACCCAUCUCGGGAUUCUGGAAAUCCUGGUUCUACGUCUGUGUUUUACCUGGCAUCAGUGGCUGAUGCCGGUUUUGUAGGUUUAGGGUAUGGGAAUGCAAUGCCCUUGGCACCUGGUGUCCGUGCAUGGAGGCCUCACAUGCCGGUGUCAAUGCCUGUGCCUGUGCCACUGGAUCAUCCAAGUAUGAACCCUGUUGUUGGGUUUGGUUAUAAUCCCAAUUUGAGCAAUAUGGUGGUUGCUAAUGCUGUGGAUCAGGUUAGUAAUGAUGUGGCUGGGCAUGGUUAUGGUCCUAGUUUGGGCAAUAGGGGCGGUGGGAAUGGGAGUGAUCAGGUGAGUAAUGAUAUGGUGCCAACAGGUUUUGGACAUAGUUCCAAUGUGGGAAACAGGGGCAGUGGCAAUGCGAAUGAUCAGUCUAGUAAUGAAUUAUUAGGUGGGCUUGGUUAUAAACCAAAUUUAGGACUUAGUAGUAAUAGCGGUGGGGCUGAUCAGGUCAGUGAUGAGGGUGUGGAUGAUUCAGUUUCAGGGAAAAAAGUUAAGAUUUUGUGUAGUUUCGGGGGGAAGAUAUUGCCUAGACCUAGUGAUGGGAUGUUGAGAUAUGUCGGGGGGCGGACAAGGAUUAUUAGUUUUAGGAGAGAUGUGGGCUUUAAUGAGUUUGAGCAAAAAAUGGUGGAUAUAUAUGGGCAACCUGUGGCUAUUAAGUACCAGCUUCCUGAUGAGGAUCUUGAUGCAUUAGUGUCCAUUUCAUGCUUGGAUGAUCUUGAUAAUAUGAUGGAUGAGUAUGAGAAAGUGGUUGAAAGGUCUUCAGAUGGUUCAGCUAAAUUAAGGGUAUUUUUGUUUUCAGCUUCUGAACUUGAUCCUUCUGGUAUGGUUCAAUUUGGUGAUUUACAUGACAAUGGGCUGAAAUAUGUUGAGGCAGUGAAUGGUAUUGGAGAUGGAGCUGCUGGUGGCAUCACUAGGAAGGAAAGCAUAGCAAGCAUGGCUUCAACACAGAAUUCUGAUGUUAGUGGUACUGAGGCUGUUGAUAGGAUAGAUGCUGGUCAAGGGGAUGUUAGAGGGCCUCCAUCGACAAACAUGUUGUCACCUAGUGGGAAUUCAGCUACUUUUCAAGACACUGCUCCAAAAAUGAUGGCUGUGGAUCCUAAACCUGCUGUUUAUGCAGAUGCUUCUGCGCUUCAUUUAGGAACUCCAGUGGUUAGGUCUGGUCCUCCUCAAACAUUGUCUUCUCAACCUGAGGCUGAAUCCGAGAGAAUGGUGCCCUUUACUUCGACACAGCAGCAAUUGGGAUAUGAUUUGCAGCAGCACUUUGCAUCUACAUAUAUUGAUCCUCAUCAUGAAGUUAUUAACCAUACUGAUUACGUGCAUCUCGAGCCUCAAAUGGGGUUCUUGAAUACUAAGUUGGUGGGAAAUACUGGUCCUGUAUUCAGCCAACAGCACUUUCGUGAUAAUGAUACCCCUCAUCAGUUUAUUACUGCUUUGCACAUGACAAUGGCUCCCUCCACUUCCCUUGUUGGUAUUAGACCAGCACUGGUUCAGCCACUGUUGCAACCCCAACAAACUCCUUUGGAGCGUUAUCCUGAUGAAAGCGCAUUUGGAACGAGGGUAGUUCAGCUUCCUGUUAAUCAGAGCCACAAUGUUUAUCAGGCCCAGCUUCCAUCAGCAAUGGUUGGAGGAGGUUCUGCCUGGCAUCAUAUUCCACAAACUGAGCACGUUGUCUUUUCAGAUGGAUCAUUGCCUCGGCACCAAGUAGCUAUUCCUGAGAAGAUACCAAGGCUAGAGGACUGCUUUAUGUGUCAGAAGGCAUUGCCACAUGUACACUCUGAUCCUUUGGUACAGGACCAAAGAGAUAGUGGUGUAACACCUAUAGUAAAUAAAAAUUCAAUUUAUCAUAGUCUCCAUCGAGAAGAUGCUAUGAGAAUUUCAUCAGUAAACAGAGUUGUAGUGACUGGUCCAUUAGGGGAUAGCAUCGCUGAACAAGGAGUAGGGAUUCGACAGCUUGGUCACAUUGAUCAUCAAGUUGGAGCACUUCAUUCAGAGGCAGUUGGAUUCUCUCAAGGUCUUGAUUCACAAAAUGAACAUGAGAGGAUUAUUUCCCUUAAAACAGAUAAUUCUAAUCAUCCUAGGAUCCCAGCAAGCCAGGGUAUGACAGGUUUGGCGAGCGAGUUACAAUCACCAUAUGUUUUGCCAAUUCAAUACCAGUUUAAACAGGGGGUUCCACACACUGGGGCAAUUGGCGUUCAAGCUUCAGAACAACCAGUGCAUGAAGCCUCAAAAGAAUAUCAUGGCAAGCUUCCUGCUUUCCCCAAAGAAGAUAUUGUAGACCCUAACCAUCUGAUCUCAAUUGAUGGGAUGAUGGAGACUUUUCGGAUAAGCAAUGAGCAGAGUAAUUCACCUGUUGAUAAAGCCAGAAUUGAAGAUAUCUUGAAUGAGAGAUCUCCACAAAUAGUAGGAAGAGAGAUACUUUUGGAUAAUAUCUUUAGCAAACCAAUGGACUCCAAUGAGAUGGUUAUCUUGGGUAAUGUAGUAACACAUGCACAAUCAAAAGUUGGAGCCCAAAACUUGGAUUCUGUUGAUGUUCAGUAUGGGAACGCUCUGUUUUCUGGUGUUGAGUCAGCACAUAAAUUGGAUGAUGUUUCAUGGUUGCAACAGAAGGUUGUACUAAACGACACUGAAGCUGCCCCUUUGAAUGGUGACGUCCAAACUUCCUUGUCACCAUCCAAUAGAGGUGGAGAUGUAUUGGAGUCCUCCAACUCCCUUUUUAGCAAUCAAGAUCCUUGGAAUUUACAGCAAGGUACUCUUUUUCCUCCUCCUAGACCUAACAAAAUUCAAACAAAGAGAGAAGGAUUAGCUACUACAGACCCUUUUGGAGAGAAACAGGUAGUAAUUAGUGGGGAAUCUAAUUCCCAAUUGGAAGAUGAAGUUUACCAGCCAUUAGGCCAUGUAAGCAAGAAUUUCAAUUCAGACCACACACGGUCCACAAAAGGCUCAGCUGAGGAACUUAUCAAGAAAGAACUACAAGCUGUUGCUGAGGGAGUAGCUGCUUCUGUUUUUCAGUCAUCUGCCUCUUCCAAUCCUGACUUAUCAACACAGGUCAACGUGUCUGGUUACGAAGUUAAUCAAGACACAGAUGUUUCAACUAGUGACAUUGAAAUGCAGCAUAAAGCUAAAGUUGAGGAAAUCAAGAUGAAACAGCCUGACAGAACAAAUAUUGGUUUUCGAGUUUCAGAUGGCAUUGGUCGCUUGCAGAUCAUUAAAAACAGUGACCUUGAAGAGCUGCGAGAGCUGGGUUCUGGCACCUUUGGUACUGUUUACCAUGGGAAGUGGCGCGGUACUGAUAUUGCAAUAAAACGAAUCAAUGAUAGAUGUUUUGCUGGAAAACCUUCUGAACAAGAACGCAUGAGAGAUGAUUUCUGGAAUGAGGCGAUUAAGCUUGCUGAUUUGCAUCAUCCUAAUGUUGUGGCUUUCUAUGGUGUUGUGCUUGAUGGUCCUGGUGGCUCUGUGGCAACAGUGACCGAAUACAUGGUUAAUGGUUCUUUAAGAAAUGCUUUACAGAAGAAUGAGAGGAAUCCUGAUAAGCGUAAGAGACUCUUGAUUGCCAUGGAUGUGGCCUUUGGAAUGGAGUAUUUGCAUGGAAAAAAUAUAGUGCACUUUGAUUUGAAGAGUGACAAUUUACUUGUCAAUCUUCGAGAUCCUCACCGCCCAAUAUGCAAGGUUGGUGAUUUGGGCCUAUCGAAGGUGAAAUGUCAAACUCUGAUCUCAGGUGGCGUGCGCGGAACACUUCCAUGGAUGGCACCAGAACUUCUAAAUGGCAGCAGCAGUCUUGUCUCAGAGAAGGUAGAUGUGUUCUCAUUCGGUAUUGUGAUGUGGGAGCUUCUCACAGGAGAAGAACCAUAUGCAGACUUACACUAUGGGGCUAUUAUAGGUGGAAUUGUAAGUAAUACACUACGCCCACCAGUUCCAGAAUCAUGUGACCCUGAAUGGAGAUCAUUGAUGGAAAGAUGCUGGUCAUCUGAGCCAUCAGAGAGACCAAACUUCACUGAGAUCGUGAAUGAGUUACGCUCAACGGCUGCAAAAAUUCCACCUAAAGGACAAAACCCACAGUAAACAACCCAAAGUUUCAAAAUGAUUUUUGGCAAUCUGGUCACUGUUGGCAUCUCAUGUUUCAUUUGCAUGGCAGUUGGAAUAUACGUUGUAAAUGUGCUUGGCAAGAAUGUAACACAGGGAACUAAGGUUUUUUUUAAAAUUUUUCCCCACUGUUAAUAGAAAUUAUACUAGCUUGAUUGUGUUGCACUUAAAAUUCCAUUUCCAUAAAAAUGGUGCUUAUAAGAAAUUUAUUGGUUAAUUAUGUUGAAAUCUUACAUCACCUGUCAACCAAACAGCUUGUUCAAUUGUUUGCAUUUCCAGUUUCUUCGACCUAAAUUCUCUGUUCUCAAGCUUAGAAAUGUG